CUCAAAAUUUCCAAGAUCCCGUCUAAGACAUUUGCUGCACGCCUCACCACCACGCGGGCGCCUGCAACACUCCCCUCGUGAGCCGCAUAUUGCUCACACACAACCGCGCCUGACUUCCACACCGCCCGUUCGGCCUCUUUCAUCGCAAAUAUUCCUUCCUUCCUUCCUUCGUAUAAAACUCAAAAGAGUACCGACUAGCUUCCUAGAGAGGGAGCCCGCCUUUUUUGCCCACCAUGUCAAAAACUACGUUAGCAGUUAUCGCAGCGGCAAGCGCAGGAGCCGGCGCCGCCAUUACAGCUACUAUGUACGCGUUACGAUCAGACCGUAAUCUCGAAAGCAAGACUAUAUCCGUAACGACGACUACCUCCUCGGCCUCACCUACGGCAGGAGGCUCCGCACCGAUCCCCAUCCCAGCUAAGCAAAUAUUUACUCCCCCGAACCAACAAACCGCGCAGACGGGCCUGUCGACCUCGGCCCCCGCCGCCGCGAACCUUGGACCCGUCGACCCGGCCGGCCUCUUCGAAUAUGGCUUCCCGGGCCCGGUAGCCGACAUCGCGACGCGGCAAGCGCUAAUCUCUUCGUUCGACCGCCGACUGCGUAACCCGCACUGGGUAGCAGAGCACAUCACGCCAGCGUCGCUAGCAAUCCGAGACGGCGACCGCAAGCACAGCACAUUCCUAGAAGACGAGGCCGUGCCCGAAAAGUUCCGCGCGCGGCUAAAGGACUACUUCCGCUCGGGCUACGACCGGGGCCACCAGGUCCCCGCGGCCGACGCGCGCUGGGGCCAAGCCGCCAUGGACGAGACCUUCUUCCUGACCAACAUGUGCCCGCAGGUCGGCGAGGGCUUCAACCGGGACUACUGGGCGCACUUCGAGGACUUCUGCCGGGGCCUGACGUCGCGGUAUCCCAGCGUGCGCGUCGUCACGGGCCCGCUAUACCUGCCCAAGCGCGACCCGACAGACAACAAGUGGUACGUGCGGUACGAAGUCAUCGGCAACCCGCCCAACGUCGCCGUCCCGACGCACUUCUACAAGGUCAUAUUCGCCGAGGACGGAGCCGUCGGCGGCAACGUAGCCCUCGGCGCCUUCGUGCUGCCCAACGCCCCCAUCCCCAACGACAAACCCCUAACAGACUUCGAGGUCCCCGUCGAGGCCGUCGAGCGCGCCAGCGGCCUCGAAUUCGCCACCAAGCUCCCCGCCCAGCGCCGCAGGCGCCUCUGCACCGAAGCCCCCUGCGCCCUCGUCAUCAAAGACUACGCCAACCGGCAAAAGGCGUUUGCGAAGUCCCAGCAGGGCGCUUCUUCUUCCGCCGUCGCGAAGCGCUAGGACGGACAGACAGAUGUUUAUUUAUUUCGGUAACUAUCGCCAUAACUAUUCGACUCGCGAUAUCCUUGGUUACUAGUAAUGUCUUUCCGUUCCGCGGAACUACUCUACUUUUAACUUUUUUUUUUUUCAAAGAAUUAAACGGGGCUUAUGAUGAUAAUUCGCGGUUAGAAAUUAGAGCGAGCUAGAUAAAGAUCAAUAUGCACAUACAUGUAACUUUAUUGGGACGCACGGUUCUACCUUGAUCAUUGCAUUUGCAUUUGCAUUUGUCUCCCCUUCUUUUUGGGACGGGGCGAGUCGUGGCGUUUGGGGGUUGAUUCGUUCCAAUAGCUUUACUGCUUUCUGCUUUCUACACACAAACUUUCAACGAGGAAAUCGAAUACGCCUCCUCCUCUUGGCAAGUGGCGGGUAGUAGAUUAGCUUAUUGGAAAGUUUUGAAACGAGGAAUAUAUAGCAUAGCAUAGCAUAACUUGAAAUAGCAUAUCAUUAUCUUUA